UGCUCUGUUUCAUUUGAAACGGGAAGCUAUUGAACAGUUGAGACUUUCACCUGAAAGUAGUUCCUUUUAAAUUGUUUGAUGUUUAUUUUUUAAAAUAAAAUAUGGGAUUAUUUUUGUUCUUUGUCCUCUGCAGCUUGAUGGGUAGUGUUGCUUCUGAUAAAGGAAUUGUGUUAGAACCAGACAGACCAUUCUUGAGGGUGAAGUUAUUUGACAGAGCUGAACUGGAAUGCUGCUACAAAAAUGGACCCACCCAGGUCAUUUGGGUGAACCGCCUUCCAUCUGGCCAAAUUAAACCUCUUCAGAACCAAUCUGAAGAGGUUUUUCAAAAUUACAGCAACUCAAAUGGCAAACAGUGUGGUUUCUUAACCCUGAAGACUGUCAAGCUGUGGGACACUGGGAUCUACCAGUGCCAGCUUAACAACACUUCAGUCUAUACGCAUGGCACCUACUUGCAGGUCUUCAAGCCAAUCGAGAAGACAAUAAACCUCAGUGAGAGCACCAAAAACAAGAUCCUGACAGCUGAAGGAGUCUUGCUGCUGCUGUGUGUGGUUAUUCCUUCCGCCUCGCUUCUGUUCAAGUCAAAGAAACAAAGCAAACUGGAGAUGAAAAAAAUGAAACAAGAAGAGGAGAACAUAUAUCAGGGGCUGAAUCUAGAAGAUUGCUGUACCACAUAUGAUCAGAUAGAACGCUCCCAGACACAAAGCCAGUACCAGGAUGUGUGCACUGCUAUGGAAGAAAGGGAAGAAAUCCUGGAGAAACCAUGAAUGAAAGCA